AAUUAGUUAUUAUACAUCACAUUCAAUUAAUUUAAACACUGUAAAAUCAUUUGAUUUCUCCUCUUCUCUUCCCUUCUCCUCGCCGACCACCCCCACCGGCGAUUCGCCCACCGGCCGCAGCCCCCUUCCACCUUCUCCGAUGCCACCUUCAUUUCCCUCUCUCCCCCACGGCGAUCUGACCUCCCAGCGAUUCGACCCACCGAAUAUGGCGGCGAUGAAAUCUGCCCCUUUCAUUCCGAUGGCACCUCCAUUUGCAUCCCCCCGACGAUCUGCCCCUUCCACCUUCUCCGACGCUUCCCUCUCCCGGCGGCGACGCCAGUCACCUCCACCAUCUCCCUCGACUGACACGCGCAGAAACAACAGUCCGCCGCUUUCCUUGGGGGUCGGCGAAAUCGUCGGCUCCUCCCUCUCUUUCAUGCAAUACAUGUCGUUCAACCUUGCCUCCCCGACUCGCCACUCAGUCGGCUGUCAAUUCUGCUGCACCCCAAACCCUUUUGGGAUCUGAUCUAAGAGUUUUCCAGAAUAGGCGUUUGAUUGAGGAUUUUUUUGUUUCCCAGUUCUCUAUCACAAUCUCUGUUUGCAUGGCUGAAGAUUCUCUGAGUAAUGGGCGCAGCACUGAGACACCUCCUGUUAGAGCAUCUGUUGGUUUCUACCAUGCUGGGCACAGUUCCAUGAGGAGUUCCGCGGACAAAUCGGAGUCUACCAACAGUAGUCAAAAAAUGGUUUCCUUAUCGGUGGGAUGUUUGUGUCGAUUUGAGCGUGCGCCGCUUCGUGUACUCGUCAUUCGCCGGACUUCUUUAUCUCUAAAAACAGCUUUUUGGAAGAGGGAUUUGAGUUCUGUUUCGAAGUCAUUAAAAUCCAGCAUGGUGUUUGUUCAGGAUUCAAGAUUUGUUGAAGGAUGGUGAUGAGGGGUUGAAGAUUGUAGGCCAUUUUUCUGUUCACUCACAAAGGAUAGGAAAAUUUGUAGCAACAAUGAUCCAAUCUGUAUAGCUAUAGCUAGGUAGUUGUAGUAUUGACUUUGAGCAAAUUAAAAAAAAAAUGUUAUUAUAAAAUAUUGAGUAGUUAACUAUGUUUCUAUUAGGUUGUAGUUUGAACUAUAUGCCUUGAAUCCGUCCUAGAUUCAAAUAACACUAAAUUAUUUAUCUAAAUUAUUCUCUUUUUAGAGAGGUAUUUAAAUUA